AUGAUCAAGGCGAAGGAUGACGAGGCAGUUGCGAAUGCAGCUGUGCCAAUGGAGGUACAAGAGGAGCUGAGGAUCCUCCGGCAACUGGGUACAACGGUCCCUUUGACAAACUCGAUCCACCGCAUACAGAUAGAGACGGAAGAGAAGCUGGCGUUCAUAAAGAAGGUGAUGCCGUCCAUCAUUUGUGAUCUCUGCAAGAAAGCUGUAUGCAAGCCUCACAUCAUCGAUUGCGGCCACGCAUAUUGUGCCGAUUGCCUCUGGGACCACGUUCAUGAGUUGGGACCAUGCUAUGACGGCAAGCCGGUACAGUGCCCCAAGACAGACUGCAGGAUGGCGAUAUUGUACGGUGCUUGGGAGGACGAGGUGCUAGAAGCGUUGUCGAAGGGACUGGCAGAGAAAAUGAAGCUUGCGAGAGAAAACAGAGGAUGCUUUGUGUGGUUCGGAGGGGAUCCACAGGCGUCAUGGGUUUACCACUUCAGGCAGCAGACGAGAGCCCUCCGUCCAGUGUUGGAGGAGCUCACGUCGAAAGUACCGAGAGUUUGA